AUGCACUAAAACCCCAGUUAAUACAAUAGUCUUAUGCAUUUAAUUUCUAAUGUCGCUUAUAAAAAAGCUUAAAAUAGACAUGAUCUAGAAAAUUUAAUAGGAUUUCGAACUUUCAAAUCAGCGAAUUAAUAUUAAAGAAAAAUAUUUCCUCUUCUUCAAAAUGAAUACUAUUAGUCAAUUUAAAGAGAUUUAAGAAGUUGUCAACGAAGUUUAAUAGAAAGAAAUAGCUAUCCCAUAGUUUUGAAAAUUAAAAUCUGCGAAAAUGAAUAUGAAGGAUACAAAUUUAAAAUUCUAGAAGAAAUAGAAACAAAAGAUAAAAAGAAUAAGUUAUUAUGGAAAUAUAGACACUAUGCAGAUUAUUUAAUUUUCAAAGAGUCAUCUUAAUAUAUAGGAGCAAUUUACAUUUAAGAUCCUAAUAAUCUAGAAUAUUUUUCUUCCUUAGCAAUUAUUAAUUAAAAAGGAGAAAAUUAAUAUUUAUUACUUCCAAAUAACAUAGCAUUAAUUUUUCCUGUAGGUAUAUUUGAUUACAUAACUAAUGUCUAUUUCCAACCAAUCAGUCCAAUAAGUGCUUAUCAAACUGAAGCAAAUAUCCUUUUUUAAUUAGAAAAUUGUCCUUAUUAUAAGUUGAUCCUAUAACCUAUUGAAGAUCUUAAUGAAAUUCAACCUUCAGAUUUUGCUAUCAAAGUUAGAGAAUAGCAACAGUAUUAUUUUGAAAAUGAAACAUUUAAGAAAUAAUUUAACAAAGAAUAAUUACAAGCAAUCUAUCAUUCUUUAAAUUUUAAGAAAAGAGUAAAUUAUUUUAUUAUUUUAGAUUACCAUAAUAAAUGGACCUCCUGGCACUGGAAAAACCUAAACAAUUAUCGGAAUAAUAUCAAUUAUGGCAGAAUUGCUUGAUUUUGAAGAAAAUAAAAAAAAAGGAGCAAUUCUAAUUUUAGCUAAAUCAAAUAGUGUGGUUAAUGAUUUAGUAAGAAAAAUUAACAAGAACACUUAAGAGAAAGAUUCAAUAAUUUAUUGUUUUGAUUAUAAACCCGAAUUUUUAAAAGUUAUUCGAUUUGGAAGACCAAGCUUAUGUGAUCAAGAUAUAGCUAAACUUAGUUUAGAAAUCUAAGCUUAGAAUGAAUUCUUUUAACAAUUCUCUUAAUAAAUUGGAGAAAUAGAAAAACUUUAUAUAACAGAAUCUAUUAAAUAAAUAUUGUAAUAAAAAUAACUUGAUAAUUACCAAGAGUAUUUGGAAUUCACCUAAUAAUAAAUAACUUUGAUUUCAUUAUUAAGUUAUAUUGAGGAUCUGAACAGAUACAGUGUGAAUCGAAUUAUACUAAAUGCAUAUGGUAAUUUCUAUCAUCAAUUAUCAUAAUUUUGGAAAUAAAAUAAAGAUAAAUACGAUAAGAUUGAAUAAUAAUUUUUAAGCUAAGUAAAAUAUAUUAAAAAACCAUUAGAGUCAUAUCAUAGUAUCGACCUUAAAUAGUUGUACAAACUAAUGCUUGACUUAAUAUUUUUAGAAUGUGAAUUUUCGAAUGUGUAUAGUUGAUGAAGCACCAACAGCUUUAGAACCAUCUUUAUUGAUACCUUUGGUCAAAUAUACUAAUAUUGAAAAAAUAGUAUUGCUUGGCGAUAUAAAUUAACUUAGUCCAAUUGUUGUGGCUAAAGAUUCGAAAAAUCUUGGUUAUAAUCGCUCUUUAUUCUAAAGAUUAUCAGAAGGUUUAAAUAAAAGUACUUUCCAAUUGAUUUAUUAAUACAGAUAGAUGAAUAACUUAGCUGAAAUUACUUCAUAAUUAUUUUACAAAAAUUCACUUAGGAAUGGCAAUUAAAUUUAAUAAUUCCCAGAUUGGAUAUCCUAAAAAGUAUCUUAUAAUAGAAAUAGACUGUUUUUUAGUGCUCCGUCUUAAACAGAAACAAUGGUGGAGACAAGUAGAAAGAAUGAUUUUGAAUGUUGUGCCAUUGUUAAACUAAUUAAAUAUUUGUUACAUGAUCUUGAUAUUAAAAACCAUUAAAAAGGAAUUACUAUUAUUAGUGGUUAUUCAGCAUAAAAGCAUAAUUUAUUUAAAAGUUUGCAUAAUGAAAUAUUUCAAGUAAAAAAAGAUUAAAAAGGCUAUAAUAAAAUAAUUAGAUUAAGUGAUUUGAUUGAGUUAGAUACAGUUGACUCUUUUUAAGGGAAAGAAAAUGAUAUCAUUAUAUUAUCUCUUGUACGAUCAAAUAAAUAAGCAGGUUUUUUAACUGACAAAAAGAGGACAAAUGUUGCGUUAUCUAGAGCAAAAUAUUGCCAAUAUAUAUUUGGAACUUAUUAAACAAUGUCAAGGAAUCUAUUAAAUUGGAAUAAAGUGUUUAAAUUGCUUGAGCCAAAAAAUGAGAUAAUAAAUUAUACAUAAGAAGAUUUAGACAAUCCUAAUUUCUUUGAAUAAACAUUAAAAUUAGAAUGA